AUGGGCUGUGCCAACUCUAGGCUCUUUUCGAUGGAACACGAAUCUACUGCUGACGUGUCACUGCACACCCGGCUUCCAGGCACCGCUCGAAAGCAGACAAGCGGUUCUCUGUGGGACCUGGUCGACGAUGGCGAGUUCCAGGCGCAGGUCGCAGAAAGAGCCUUCCAGAUCUUCCUACACGAAGACCUGCCCGACUACUGGAAACUGCAGUUCGAUCUCCUGGUUGUCUUCAAGUCCGUUUUCGAUCGCAUUAGGCCGAGAAGUGCUACUGUGGUCUUCCCCAAUCGGCCACUCCGCUAUCCCGCUAGAGACACAGAGGCCUUGUUGAGGCUCACCAGCAUCAGCAGUCUCCAGGAAGGGGUCCAGCUAUGGACAGCAUACCUUGUACACACCGGCAGCCUGCACGCUGAAGAAGAGGACUGGCACACCGCCUUCAAGCAGACACGCGAAGGCUAUCGCUUUAACCUGACGCCGGCUGAAAGCAGUGUCCGCCGUCACGAUAAUUCGAUGCUCUCGCCAGAGCUGCGCCCUAGCCAGCACAGAAGAAGCGCCACCGAAGAGAUGACCAAGACGAUCGAAGAUGCCUACAGCAGCUACAGCUGCGUACAGGACUGUUCUCAUGAAGCCCUAAAGGACAGGAUCAGCCAGAAAGCGAGAGACCUCCUCCCCCGCUACAUGGAACCCGUCCCCCUCGACUUUGCCGUCCACAACUACGAGAACCUUAUGAAGACAUCUUAUGACGCGGGAACUGGCAUUGCCUUGGCCAAUGUCGCACUUCAGGCACUGACUGAUGUCAAGGAGUCUGCUCGAGGUGGGCUUGGCUCAAAGGUCAGCAUCAUCGUCGUCAAAGGCACAGUACCGCAAGCGCACAUCGACCGCCUCUCGAGCGCAAGCGCGGAGGCUCACAAGACCACCCGAAAGGACAAGAAGAGCAGUAAGUCGCAAGGGACACAUGCUCAUGGCAUCUGCUUUGCCAGUCUGCCUGAUACGGGAGAUGGCGAUGUCUGGCGCAGACUAAGCCACCGCAGCUACAGCAACGGGGGCUUUUGUAAGUAUAUAGAGCUACCCGCUAGCAUCUCUCCAGUAGCCGUGACUGGUAAGUAUGUGCGCACAAUGCUGCUUGGCUCGGUAGACCCUGGCUCGGAAUAG